CUCACUUGUAUAUAUAAUUCUAUACGGCUCAUAAUUAGAUUCAGGGUCGAAUUAUUUAUAUUUCUCUUAUUCUUAUUCUUAUUCUUAUAACCUCACCUACUGAGAGUCAUUCAUUUUGGUUUCAGAAUAGUCAUACGGUCGUAUUGAUACUAUCACUGUUACUGUCCAUUCAUUUAGUAGUUUCGUUUAUUUAUUUGUUUGUAUUUACCUUGUUUUAAUUCCUUUCUAAAUACAGUUCCUAAUAGAAGAUUUAUUCAUCAUGAAGGUGCUCAGUAUAUUACUAGCCGUAACCACAUUAUGUGUUGCUCAACAGAUUGUUAUUCAGACCAAUACUGUAAGUCAUCAUCAUCAUCAUCAUAAACACCAGCAUACUAAAACGUUACAUAUAAAUGUUCCUAAAAUAACGGAAUUUGCUAAAAGAGCAGAUACUUCUACAACAGGUGACAAACUCCCUCCAGCUCCAGCAAUGCCAACUUUAUCAACUAGUACAGUAUAUAAUGUUGAUGUACAAGUUCCUGAAGUAAAAAAUCCAUAUACCCAGAAUUCUAGCUUACCCGAAGGAAUCGUGUUUAUUAUUGUUGGUGCCAUAAUUGGGCUCGUAUUUGUCCUGUUUGCUGCUUAUGGAAUCAUAGAUUGGUUAAUUUCCUAUCGUAGAUCUAAAUUAGACCGCGAAAUCUAUUAUCAUAAUCUUGCCAAUGGUGGUGCAUCAUUUGGAGGAAGUUUAUUUGGUGGGAAUAGUACAAGUUCUAAUUCUUCUAUGUUCGAAAAGAAUUCGUCAUAUUUAUCUAAUUCAUCAUUUUAUCAGUUAUCUCGUAAUAAUUCUUUAGCUCAAUUAGAUGAAAUGAUUACUACUUCUAGUCAACAAGGUCGCACUUACCGUGAUGCAGUUCAGGGAAAUAUUUAUAAGAAUGGCAAUAAUAGUGCUAGUAAAUUAGCUAGUAAUCGUGGUUCAAUGUUUAUAAGUCCCGUAUUAGAGACAAUUAGUGGUAGAAGAAGUUUAUCACAAUUGGAAUUACCAUUAUAUAAUCAACAACCCGCUAUACCGUUAGGUGAUCAAAGUGUAAUGAUGGGUAGUUCAAUAUCUUCUCCAACUUCAAAUAUACUAUCGCCUUAUACUGCACACAAUGGAGAUCAAGGUAGUAGAGAUUCACUUAAUAUCAAUGAUUUUGAUUAUCUAGAAGCUGAGGGGUUAUUAAGAAAUAAUGAUAAUAGUGAUGUAGAACUGGCUAUUGAGAUGAGACCUAUCCAAAAUUCACAUCAUUCAUAUGCACAAUUAAUCUCUAACAGUAAACUAGACCAAAAUUCAACAUCAGAACUACAAUCACAAUCACAAUCACAAUCACAACCAAAACAACAAGAAAAAAGGAAACUGAGACCUCCGAGCUUAUAUCUAGACGACUUGUUGAAUGACCAGUAAAUAACACCC